AUGGGGCUUUGCAUAGAUGCAGACGGAAGUGGCGAAUCUGCUCAAGCUGGUGACGCCCUUGCGAAUGUCUUCGUGUCGCCCUUGAAGGAGCAAGGAUUCACGGUCCUGGCAGAUCCCGCGCAGCAGGUGACCAUGAGCUGUGUGUCAGCAUGUGUCGCUGCUGCUGACGCCCCCUUUGCCUACCUCAUCGGCAAGGCGCCAGAGGAUGCUGUCGCGUGCGACCGCGCGGGGCGACCCGCCGACGUGCCUUGGGUAUGGCUGAGCUCACAGGCGGAUCAGGUGGUGGCCAGCUUCAAUGGCUCCAAGCUGGUGCCAGGCUACCACUAUGAGCUAUGCCUGGCCUCCUCCUCCCUCUCCGAUGAGGCGGGUUUGGCGGGCCUCAGCGGCGUGGCCAUCUUCGUGUCCGGCCUCCUCGCCGCCAACGCCGUGCAUGUGGAGCCGCCUGCGGGCGGAGCAACGCAGAUCUACCGCGGGGCGCGGCAAAUGCUGGCAGUAGUGUGUACGAAGACUGCCAACUGCAGCACGCAGUCAGAGGUCUUCCUGUCUGCAGGUGCGGGAAGCACGACUGCCUUGACGGCUCGUGCUGCGUUAACCCCGGACGGAGAGGACUGGGUGGCAGCCAUCGAUGCUGCAGGUGUACCUGCCGGGGUGUACUAUGACCUCAGUGUGGAUCUCCAUGGAACGGAGGGAUUGCCGCCUGGUAACACUGGUCUCAUGAUCUUCGUGUCCAGCCUGGCGGCCGCAGUGCAGACCAUCGCGGCGGAGCAGCAGCAGCUGCUCUUCUCCUGCGCUCAAGGCUGCUCGACCAGUGCGCAAGCCAUCUUGGCGCGGGAUUGCGGAGGUCUGUCAGCUCUGCCUGGUACGGCCGCGGCUUUCUUUGAAUCCGACAGCAGCGGAUGGUCCACAAUGAUCCAGGCAUCCCCGCUGGCGCCAGGAUACCGCUACCAGAUGUGCGUGGACUAUGAUGGGCCAGCAACAUCGUUGCAGAUCGGGCCAUCUGGUGUGGUGGCCUACAUCUCGGGAGUGACCGAUGUGGUGCCUGGCUUCGUGCCAAGCGGAGGCGAACAGGAACUGGCGCUGUUUUGUGGGCAGGACUGUGGAACAUCUUGGGCUCGACUGGCUCGUGACUGCACAUCGAAUCUCACCGAAGGAACAGAGUGGCUUCCUCUUGUGGCAGGCGUCAACAACAGCCACAGCAUCCUGAAGCUUCCGACGCAGAAUUUGGUUGCUGGCGCGCACUACACCUUGUGCACGGAGUUGCAUCUUCAAGGCUUCAACGAGACCCCGGACAUUGGAGACUCUGGCUGGAGCGUCUACGUGUCGCCAUUGGAGAGCUUUGAGCCAGAGGUGUUGCUGCCUGGGCAGGCGUUGAGACUCAACUGCAGUGCCUGCAACCAGUCCCAGGGCUUCCUGGCUCGGAAUUGCGGAGGUGCAGGAAAGCUGGCGCCUUCCGGAAGCCAGAGCAUCUCUGACCGCGUGCCCGGCAUGCUGGACUUACCUGGCCUGACCAGGCUGCCGAUCAGCCUUGAGAAGAAGGUCGCCGCCCUCCGCCUCGGCAUUGCGGUCUUGGAGAGCGCGGGCGUCUUGCAGAUGGCCGGCCAGCUCCUGGAGACAGACAAGCCGGGCGGGGCCACUGGCUUGCCAAUUGUUCGCCGGAGCAACUCGGGCCAAGAGCGUGACCAUGCAAAGGUUGCAGCUGCGGCGCAGCAGUGGCGCGCCGGCGUGGCUGCGCUCGGAGAAAACCACGCGCGGGAUCAGCGGAAAGUCGCGCGAGCCAGCGCGCGGCAAUACUUGUUGUCCAUGGACUCCCUCGAGGAGAUCGCCUGGAUCGAGCGCCUGAAGACGCUGGUCAAGGCCGCAGGCAACGCUGACCGGGAGGCCGCGCACAAAUGGCUUGGCGAGCCAGAGAGCAAGUUUGUUCUCGAGAAGGCUACCGCUGCAGCCCGCAUGAGGGGGUGCUCAAUCGGUGCGCGCUCCGAGGAGUCCGAAGCUGUCGGCAGCUCCGCCGCGGCGUCGGCGCGGAUAGCCCGAGCCAAGGCAAGAAGCGCAAGAGGACGCGCCCAAAAGGACAGGAAGGAGAAGUCCAAGCGGUCUUCCAGCCCAGCAGACAUGCUUCGUCCUAAUUAA